AUGGCGAACGGGAUAGUCGCUGACAUUUUAUUUUGCAGCUGGAGCUUGGUCAUUGGCUUGGUCAUCAUUGUGGCUCUCUCUACAGCAGCCUGGUUCCUGAGCCCGAAGGGCGAUAACCAAACACUCUUCCGCAGCACACUCAUCCUUUCCUUCAUUUCCUGUUACUUGAUGUGGGCAAUCGUCUUUCUGUCACAGUGGCAUCCCCUUAUCGCACCCAAGCGGUCAGAUAUCAGACCUGAUCGUGUACCACAAUAG